AAGGCACAGGAAGUAUAGAGAGAAAUCUUUGUCUGGAUUCUCGAGAGGAACAACCGACGCAGAAGCUACAAACAGAUCUGCUCGUCGACGUAGUCAUUCCCUGCGCUACAGUAGACGAAACUCUGGUUAUUGUACGUGAUUGCGAUCUGAAAUUCGAUCCUCUACCAUGCGAAUAACUUAGGAAACCUGCUACUCAGCUGCUUCUUGUGAUUCUUAAGUAUCAGAAUGUCUACAAUCGGAGACAUGGGCAGUCGGAGAUCUGUGAGGUGGGAUGAGGAAAAACUAUCAGAAAUCGAAGCAAACAAACCAGAAAGGCAGAAAAUUACUGAACCAAAGACUCCUUAUCAUCAUAUGAACUCUGAUGUUGAUGGAUCUUUAUCUCCUGUAAGGAAUCCUUGUUUCUCUGAAAGGGAUGGUGAGAUUGUGCAUGAAGAAGAAGAAGAAGAAGCAUCAUCAAAUCAUCCUUCUGUGUUCAAUGAAAUGGUGGAUGAUACAAGUAGACAUAUUAUCAGCUCACAUCCCUCUGGCUCUGGCUGGACAUCAUCAUCAGAGAAUGAAGGGGAUGCUAUGGAUGAAGAUAAUGAAGGAGGGGGUUCAAGGUUCAAGGAGCAGAGGCGGGCCCACUAUGACGAGUUCCAUAAAGUAAGAGAACUGAGGCGAAAAGAGUCUGUGAAUGGUGAUGCAGCAUCAUCAUUGGCUGUUGGUGUACAAGAUAUCGACAUUACUACUGAUGGCAAAAAACCUUCAUCUGCCAACUAGUAGUAACUACUAACUACUUUUUGUUGUAAAAUAAAUACUUGAAACUGGUUGUCUUUUAAGAUAUGUAGAAACGUUACUUAUAUGCAAGUAACUAACGACCUUCUCUUUC